UUUAAAAAUAUUUGAUAUAAAUAAGUCAUUUUAAAACUUUCACACAUUUAGAAAUCGGUAUUUUGUGAGCCUCUCAGCCCCACCCUCAUGUAUUUCCCCCUUUGCGCUCCCACCUGCAGCUCAGCUGCUCUUCUGCAGUUUUUCUCACUACAAAACCCUGGUUGACACUCUGGCUGUCAUUUUGUCCGGUCUUCUUUCUGUCCUGCUCUUUCUGUGCAUCGUCCACUGGAACCCGGGCCGUACCGGACUGACUGGACUGAACCCGCAGUUUCAGGACUGGAAAAGGAACGACAUCGGUGAAAAUGUUCAAGCUGUUACCAGAGCUGGUGCUCCUGCUGGGGAUCGUCAGGUUUAGUUUUGGAGCAAUUCAGAGACCCGACUAUGACGACACUCCAAACCCUGAGUUCUUGAACCCUUCCUGGAUGGCCAGCAUCCCUGAUGACCAGUCGCUGUCUGCUGUCACGAUGCCAGGAACACACAACACCAUGUCUCUGUACGGCGGCGUCUACGCAGAGUGUCAGACCUGGAGCCUGGCCUCCCAGCUCCGAGCCGGCGUCCGUUAUCUAGAUGUCCGCGUGCGUCACGUCAAUGGGAAUCUCACCAUCCACCACGGAGUCUCCUACCAGUGGGCUCACUUUGGACAUGUGCUAGAGGGCGUGUUUGACUUCCUGCAUGAAUACCCAAGUGAGACGGUGUUGAUGCGAGUGAAAGAGGAGUUCAGUGAGACGAAUAACAUCUACGGCGCUGUGGUCGACUUCAUCCAUCGCUACGGCCAUUGGGACCUGCUGUGGCACAGCCUCCAGGUGCCGACCAUGGCUGAGGCCCGAGGGAAGCUCAUCAUCCUGCAGGAUUUUACCGGCCCAGAUCUGGGAAUGCGCUACGGUUCCCUGGAUAUAGCUGAUGCCUGGAAGGUACCCUCUCUGCUGAAUUUGGAGGAGAAGUGGCAGAGUGUCUACAAACACCUGGAGGCUGCACCAUCAGGAAAUAUGGCUCAGAUUUUUCUGACCUACUCCAGUGGAGCUGGUGUGUUCGCCCACCCCAGAGCUGUCGCAAAGGGAAUCAACCCACCGCUGUACGAGUACCUGCAGGCCAAGACCGACCAGAACCAGCGCCUGGGAAUCAUAUGCAUGGAUUUCCCAGCUGCUCCUAUCAUCCAAACCAUCAUUAAUUUCCAACUGAGAGAGGUCGUGAAAACCAACAAAACAGAUGUGAAACAUCCAAUUUCUUAUUUCAGGAAUAUGGUCAAGCAUUUUGCAGCUAAUAACUGACCCAUACUGUUGUAACUCAGACAUUUGUAACGAUUCAGUAGAUUUCCAACAACAGCAGCCCAGAGAAAUAUAUAAACUUUUAAACUAAACCUGUUUUCUACUCACUAGUAGAAAACAGGUUUUCUACUCACUAGUAGAAAACCUUACCUGGUAAUGUUUUUACCAGGUAAGGUAAAAACAUUACCUGACAUUACCUAAUGUCAGGUAAUGUUUUUACCUGACAUUAGGAAAAUGACAGGUAAAAAAAAAAAACAAGACAUAUUUUCUUUAGCUUUUGGGGGGGACAGUAAAUUUUAUUUUGAAUUUAAACACAAGGCCUCACACAAAUAAAUGAAAUUGUUCAAGCUAUUUCUGGUUUCAUCUCCUGUUAUGAUCCAUUUUUCCAGUCGUAUCGAGUUCCUCUGCUGUUUAGAAAAAUUGGAAAAAUACCUCAUCUAAUAAACUAUUCCGUAGUGAAUAGGAAAAGCACAAAAUAUUUAAAAGGAAUAAAUUGAAGGAGUUUAAAUUGUGUAAAAAGUCAAUAUCUAGUAAUUCUGUGUCUUGCAAAAUUAUUUUUUGUGCUUUGUGUCACAUCAGAAUCACAAACUUUACGAUAUUUCAUUAAGAAUUUAUAUAACACAUACACCAACACAAACAAGUGUAAUGUUAAGCAGCGACACACAGUUUUUAAAAUCUAUACAUCCAUCGUCUACACCUGGAGAGGUGUCCAGUCCAAACAGGACAACAU